AUGACAACCCUGAAAGCUGAUAGAUACCCUAAUUAUAUGCGGCGCAACAGUAAUGAAAUAGUUAAAGUUCGAGGACACAUGUUGGACAAUCGAUGGGUUGUUCCCUACAACCCAUAUCUUCUUACAAAGUUUGAUUGUCACAUUAAUGUGGAAAUUUGCUCUACUAUUAAGGCUGUCAAGUACUUGUAUAAAUACAUAUACAAGGGUCAUGACAAAAUAGUAUUCCACAUAGUAGGCCAACACAAUCUAUCGGUCCCUUCUGAUGAAACUGAUGAUUGUUGCAAAGAUAUAGAAAAGCGUAAUAUAUUAGUGUCUGAGGUUGAUUUUAUGUCUGUGUCAUUGUUAAACACAGAACAACAACUUGCAUAUUCUAAAAUUCUUGAUGCAAUACUUUCUGGAAAUCCAGGAUAUUUCUUUAUUGAUGUACGUAGUGGAACUGGGAAAACCUUUCUAUAUCGAGCAAUCUUGGCUACAAUAAGAACGCACAAAUUGAUCGCUCUCGCAACUAUAACUUCAGGAGUUGCUGUAUCACUUUUGCCUAAUGGGCGCACUGUGCACUCAUGGUUCAAAAUUCCUAUAGAUGUUGAAAGCAAAAUUUGUUUUGGAGGAAAGGUUGUAGUAUUCGGUAGUGACUUUCGUCAAGUGCUACCUGUUGUGCCAAAGAGCAGAAAAAAUGAAUGCAUUAAUGCUACGCUUGUUAUGUCUUACAUUUGGCAUUCAUUAGAGAAGAUCAAAUUGACAGAAAAUAUGCAGGCUAAGCAUGAUCCAGCAUUUAGUAAUUUUUUGCUUUCUGUAGGAAAUGGCACAGAACAACAAAUAUCUCCUGAAACUAUCAGAAUCCCUAAAGUGAUGCUUUUUCCUUACAAUAAAAACAUUGAUCCACUUCAAGAGCUUAUCGCUUUUGUCUUCUCAAAUUUCAAUGAUUAUAAUGAAGAUCCACUUUCAAUGAUGAAUCGGGCUAUCUUGACUCCGAAAAAUGACAAUAUAGAUCACAUCAAUGAAAUAUUGAUGGAAGAAUUCCCUGGAGAUGAACGCAUAUAUAACAACAUUGAUGAGACUAUAGAAUAA